CUGGGGUAUCUUCACCUCAGGUGCCAAGUCCAACUGGGGUAUCUCCACCUCAGGUGCCAAGUCUAACUAGGCUUUAAUCGACUAUAUAAAUGUGAGGGGAGCCCCGUGUGCAAAUAUGGCCCUACCUGUCCACCGUUCCCAACUAUGGUUAAACUCAGAUCUCUUCUCACCCUAGCAGUCGCCUCUCUCGCAGUUGUUGAGGGUAACUAUCACAUCUACACCCAUCAAGAGUAUGCUGUAAUGGCGUGCUCGGGUGUUAUCGAAAAAACCACCACCUUUUGUCCCGCAGUCGCUGGCAUGGGUCACCACAUGCACUCCCUGAUGCCUAGCUGCUACUGCACUAACGUUGUCGAAAUGGGGUCUCUUUUAAUCUGUUUGCACCAAAUGGGCUAUUACAACUUGGCCAUGGUGAAAUACCUUACCAAAAAAUGCUACCCGAACCACAUACCCGCCGCCACCGAUGCCCUGUUCUUUGAUGGGGUGUAUCAGAAUGCCACCCAGUACGUCAUCACCCCGGAAGAGACGUUGAACGCAAGCCUUGUCACCUACUCUCCUAUUUAUGUCCGUGCCACUAACGUCACCACCUAUUAUGAAGCCUACUACAAUAGAUGGUCCAACUUUACCUUGUCGCUCAACUUGGGUGCUGGGUUCUUUGCCCUCUUUGCGGCCUACAUGAUAAUCUCUGGUAUCGGUAACUGGUCGCUUAUUCUCUUCCCCGGAUUAGUGAGUAAGAUGAACGGUCCUGUGUCCAAGCGCUUUAGGGCGUUGGUAUCCUUGCCGGCAACGUUCCGCAAGGACAAGAACGUCCCUUUGAAGUUUUGGGGCGUCCCGGUCGGCUACAUCCCAACAAGACUGGAAUCGAUUGUCAUUGCUCUUCUCUGGGUCUAUCUGAUAUUGGCAUGUGCCUUUGGCUACCACAGUGUUAGUGGUAAUCCGUACUGGUCCAGGCCCAUGGGUGAAAUCAGUCGAUACAUUUCUGACAGGUCUGGGAUCUUGGCGCUUUUCAUGUACCCUUUGGUGGUUUUGUUUGCCGGGCGAAACAACUUUCUUAUCUACCUAACCCGGUGGAGUUUUGCAAGGUUCAACACCUACCACAGACACAUCUCGAGAAUCUUUUUUGCCUUCUCGCUUGUCCAUAGCAUCGGCAUGACGAUUUAUGCUUUCUCGUACCCCACCGCCAGAUACGCUAGCUGGAUGAGGGAUCCUUUCAUCACUUGGGGCGCCGUUGCUACCGUUGCCAUGGGUGUGAUGCUAGCUCAAGGGGUGAUUCUCUUAAGAAGAAAAUCCUAUGAAUCUUUUUUGAUUAUCCAUAUUGUUUUGGCAGUGUUUGUUUUGAUUGGCUGCCACUACCAUAUUGCACUGUAUGGAUACCAGGGGUUUACCUGGUCAGUUGUGGGUAUUUGGGCGUUCGAUAGAGUUGUGAGAUGGAUCCGUAUGGCGGGGUUUGAAUUCCAAGAGGCUACUGUGACGUUGAAAGCGGCUGAUACUUUGAAGGUUACAGUUCCGAAUCCAACGACCUGGAAGUGCCAGCCGGGUCAGUAUGCGUUUAUCUCGUUCAUGAAGCCGUCGAGUUUCUGGCAGUCUCAUCCAUUUACUGUGAUUUGUGAAUCAGAGAGUGAGCUCAGUUUCGCCAUCAAAAUCAAAGGCGGCGUGACCAAUGGGUUGUACAAGCAUUUGAUAACUAUGCCAGCUCACACUGCGAAAAUCAAGGUUGCGAUCGACGGUCCGUAUGGAUUCUCCUCUCCGGCUCACAAAUACAACCAGUCAUUGUUGAUGGCCUCUGGUCACGGUAUCCCAGGUUUGUAUGACCAUGCCAUGCGCUUGGCCAACACCAAGCAUUCGGUCAAGUUGAUCUGGAUCAUCAGAGACUAUAAAUCAAUCUCCUGGAUGCUCGAGGAGAUGCAGAAGUUGAGAGAAACCAAAGUGGAGACUGUGAUAUAUGUAACCAGACCUAACGAGGUGUUGGACUCUCCUUUGGGAAGCUCCGACUCCAGAGUUUCGUUCUCAGACAAGGAUGAGGGCGGCAAAGCUGAAACUUCGAACCAAUUGAGAGUGAACUCCGUUGACCAGAUUCAGAAGGAUUUGCCACACGUUUCCUUUAGAGAGGGUAGACCGGAUAUUGAUUGUAUCGUGAAGGAGGAGAUUACCCUGGCACAUGGAACCUUGGCUGUAGUUGCCUGUGGCCAUGACAGUAUGGUGGACUCAGUGAGAUGUGGAGUGGUGGCCAACUUGACUAAAUCAAAGCAUCGUGUCGAUUACUUUGAAGAAUUACAAGCAUGGGCUUGAUUGUAUAUAGGAUUGAUUUAUAUAAAUUCCGGAU